GUUGGAGCGCGAAAUGCAAUUAAAUUUAAAUUGUCCAUGUAAGCUACAAACUGCUGCUCAAAUUGAGGAGUUGCUGCCUGAAAACAACAAGUUAUUGGAGGAAAAUGCUGAGAAAGACGAAGAAAUUAAAUGCUUAAAACUGGAAAUGUCAAAGCUGAAAGAUCAAGUGAGCAAACUCAAAUGUGAACUGGAGAAGCGGGAUGGAAACGUGAAAGCCUUAAAAGUUAAUUAUGAAAAGUUAUUGGAGGAAGAUGCUGAGAACAAAGAAGAAAUUAAAUGUUCAAAACUGCAAAUGUCAAAGCUUGAAGAUGAACUAAGCAAACUCAAAUGUGCACUUGGGGAGCGGGAUGGAAACGUGAAAGCCUUAAAUGUUCUCAAUGAAAUGCUUAUGGCUGGCAAUGAAAAGCGGGAUGAAACUAUUGUCCAGUACAAGAAGAAGCUACGGAAACUUAUUGACACAAGUUUAUCAUCCGAUAGUGAUUCAGUAUUUGGAACAUCUUCUUCCGUCCCGGCUAGCGACAAUGAAUAUAAUACUCCAUUGACUGGGACCGUUACACCCGAGCAGGAGAACUUGAGCAGCGACAAUGAAUCUAACGAUCUUUCAACUAAUCCUUUGACUGACACUUCGUUGUCACCAGUUGCAGCGGAGCAGGUGCAAAUAGGCAUCGAAACGUCCCUCCCGGUCAGUGACAAUGAAUCUAACGAUCCUUCAAUGGAUCCUUUGACUGACAAUUCGUUGGCAGUUGCAGCGGAGCAAGGACAAUUUAGCAGCGAGACGUAUCUCCCGGCAAGCGACAAUGAAUCUAACGAUCCUUCAAUUGAUCCAUUGACUGACAAUUCGUUGGCAGUUGCAGCGGAGCAGGGACAAUUGAACAGCAAGGCGUUGCAAGCAUUAAUUUCACUUGGAGCGGAGAAUACUAUGGGCCCCUGGUUUUGUUUGCUGUGCGGCAAGGAUGGGCAUCCAAUGAGAAUACCGUCCUAUUCAGAGUUCCAUCGACAUUUAAUUAAAGUCCACGAAGAGGUCAUUGAUCCAGCUAUGUGCGAGAAAUGUGGAUGGCGUUCCCACAAUGAUCGCGAGUUAGAUUUUCACAUGUUCGAAACUCAUCAAAUCCAAUCCUACUUCUAUUCAUACUCAAAGAGUGCGAUUCUAAAAAUGUUAAAGAAAUAUUGACUUGGUUCAACACAUUUUUAAAUAUUAAUUAAUUGAUUAACAAAAACCUUAAUUGAAAAAUGGGAUUUGGCUUAAGGUUAUAAUUAUUAUAUAUAUUAUAUUAGUCCUUUGAACUUAUGCAAAUUAAGUGAAUCAUAUAAGUUCUAGCCAUAUUAAUACUGUUAAGAUAAGAAAACUAUUGCUUAUGUUUGUUGAAGAAAUAUUAUGUUAACCCUUUGCUCAUUUAGAAAUUAAGUGAACAUUAUGAGCAGACACGUGUUCCCAUUUUUGUUUAUUAAUUAUUAUAAUUAAAACUAUUCAAAUAAGAUGAAUAAAGUUUACAUUUGAGAAA